AUUUGUGACAUCACUAUACAUAUUUCCUUAUUGGUCGUAUCAUCAUACAAAGGUUUCAUUUAUUUAUCCAAACACCUUGUUAUUUUAUUCGUACUCUUGAGACGUAGAGAACAGUAAAUUACUAUAUUUUAUUGCGUCAUCUUUGAACUAAGUUUCAGUGAACAUCUUGUGAACAUUGAUAAAAAUAUUUUUAGUGUCUAAAAGAAUUAGUCACUGUCAGUAGUAAUCAUCAUGGCUUCAAAUAUAAAUAUGAAUACUUUUAUCAAUAGUUUUCAAAAUCGAUUAGAACCUCCAGUUCGUCAACACUUAAAGAAUGUUUAUGGUACACUGAUGAUGACAUGUGCCACGGCAUCUGCUGGAGUAUAUGUAGAUAUGUUUACUAGAUUCCAAGCUGGAUUCCUCUCUGCAAUUAUUGGAGCUGGGCUCAUGCUCAUGCUGAUUGCUACUCCUGAUGAUGGGAAGAACACAAAAGUACGACUUGGCUAUCUCUUAGGGUUUGGACUGACCUCAGGAAUGAGUAUGGGUCCAUUAAUGACAUAUGUGAGUGUUGUUGAUCCAUCUAUCAUAAUAACGGCCCUGCUAGGCACCACUCUGGUGUUUGUUUGCUUCUCUGUGGCUGCCAUGUUGGCUGAGCGGGGCAGUUGGCUGUUCCUGGGUGGCACACUAAUGACCUUGCUCACUUCUAUGUCAGUAAUGACACUUGUCAACAUCUUCAUGCAGUCACACUUCCUGUACCAAACACAUCUAUAUCUUGGACUUGUGCUAAUGUGUGGAUUUGUAUUGUUCGAUACUCAACUUAUUAUUGAGAAACGCAGAAUGGGCAGUAAGGACUUUGUGCAGCACGCUUUGGAGUUAUUCAUUGACUUCAUUGGGAUGUUCAGACGAUUGGUCAUUAUCUUAACACAGAAGGAGGAACAAAAUCGCCGCCGCAAACGAGACUAAAAAUACUUAUGAUAUUCACAUAGGAAGUGAGGGGUGUUACACGUUAAUUGGUAUUUAAUUUCUUGUGUAUUUUGUUAUGGUUCGUAUCUUAUUAAAAGGUGACAUGUUCAACUAAUAGUUUGUUAAUAAAUUACACCUCACUGGUUUAUUAUUGUU